AUGGCUUCGUACAACCCAGGUGAUCGAGGCCCGUUUCAGGGUCACGACUUCCCCGUGGGGAACGUCGAUCACGAUACUCAAGGAGCGAACCCAGACCCCCUGACGACCAAUCCUAGGCAUCUACCUCCAAGCCACACCUACCAUUAUCCCAGCGGUAUUCGCAACUACAACUUGGUUCCUGCCAAGGAGGGAGAAACCCCUAGGCGCUAUGUGGAAGCCUAUCUGUCUAUCUCCUUCUACAGCCACAAGGAGAUCAAGGCCGUUUUCAGUACCAACAACGGCGAGGUUCCUACACGCGGGGUCAGCUUGAACCAUGUCCAUGACACCCGCGAACUUGAUCUGUGGAACGCUGAAGAGCUCCAGGAUAGAGCUAAUGCCAUUCGCAAGAAGCACUGGAAAUCUCUGGGAUCCUUGGCCCGACCGCAACGCUGGGAGGACCUAUGUGAUUACUUCGACUGCUUCGAAAUCUACUUCCAGGGUGCAUUGAACCUGUGGAAUCUUAUGCACCUGCUUUUCGACGAGAACGACAGUCUCUCUCGCAAUAAAGCCUGCGCUGCCGCAGUCGAACUUGGCGUUUGGUGCGAUGAGUGGGUCGCUCAAGCCGAGAACAAGGCAAAGCUCAUGGGAUUCAACUGUUGGGAGGGCGACGUUGUCGGCCUCAUCACUCCGGGCACCUGGGCCGAGCUUCAGAAGCUGCCGGUCGAUAUAACGCUUCUUCGAAACGCUCUGUGUCACCGACAGAACCAGCUGUUAGGCAAGCCAUGGGCUCGACCAACCGCCUACCCGGCCAACAGCCUUGGAGCUAACUGGCACAAUGGCACUUUGCAAUGCUGGCUUGCUGGUCAAUCCGUUCACGACACGCCGAGUGGCAUUCCCCUAGCAGUCUCUCCAUCCACUAUUAUCGUCGGUGGCGCUGCUUCUUCAGUGCCCAAGUCACACGUUGCUACCGUUCCUACCCACAUGACGGCCAAUACCAAUACCACUCUCCAAAAGCCCCUUAUUGUCAGUGGAACGAGCAACAGACAAAAAGUGAGAACCCAAAACUACGAUCUUACUGCAGGACAAGGAAAUAUCGGCCGUUCCAGAGAGUCUUUGUCGGACAAUCAGCUGGUGUCUUCUACUUCUGGCCCUAGCACCGGAAACCCGGCUACUGGAGCCCCCGAGUCUCACCCGGCCAAGACAGGUGCUGCUCAACCAGGCUUCUACCAUCAGUCCAUGAGACCUUAUGGCCGUGCCUUCAAUACCCCAUUCAUGACAGGUCCCAACGGUGAGCCGAAACCCUACCACGGGCCGGUUGGCCCAUCGGCGCCUCCUCCACCUCCUGCGCUACCCACACUUGGACAUCAGCAUUAUGGACAUCGCCCUCCAGUCAACAUCCCCCCUCGAAGGUCUGAAGACAGCAGAGUGACGAGCAGUGUGCACACCUCACCCGUUCAGAUCUCCAUGGUCCCGACAGGUGGCACGCGGAUGCCGUCGGCCGUCUACCAGAGGGUGCCUUUUGACGUCACACCUUCCCGCAAACAUGACGGCAAGCGAAAUGCAACCGUGAGUUCUGCUGCUGAUCAAGGAUCUGGGCAAGGCCUGCCCAUGGGCCCUCCGCGCUUCAGCCCGAACCAGGAUACACGGCAAGAGCAGAUGAAGAUACCAAAUGCCCCUGGCAACGCAAGCUACGAUCAUUCUAGGCCUCGGCGCGAAUCCAAGGGCUGGGAGAAGGUUCCGCAUACAGAUCACUCAAUCCACGGCCCUGUUUUCCGUCGAUCUCCGACAAAAGAAAACCGAUCUCGCUCAUUCUCAAACAAGGCGGAAUUUCAUUGCUCCAAUCUGCACCCAAAGUCCGCUCACAAACACAUCUACACACCUUGUACUUGCCCCAGGUGCGAGGAACGCGAACGCUCUGUGUACGUCCAAUUGAACCCAGCUCCGCAGAUAUCUCAGAAAAUCCUUGUCGGGAAGAUGCAUGAGAUCAUGUCACGAUGGGGGGAGGUUGAUAACGUCCAAAGAUUGCCGGUAAAUGAGAAUCCGGGAGAUUUCGUCUGCUUCUUUGUGAGAUUCAAGGAUGGCUCGCGCGUGAGAGAAGCCUCAGCCACGGAUGUCUUCAGUAGUCGCGAUCUUGAUUGUACGAUCAAGAUUGGCGCGAUGCACCAUUCGAGCUAUGGCAACGCUAUGUAUAGCAACUACGGCCCAGACAACAGUCAGCACGACUCGGCAAGCAGAUCCAACAGCCAACAGCAAUCUUCGUGGAGGGGCAACUCCAACGCAUUCGGCCAGUUUUCGUCGAGUCGCCCUGACCCGAGGACGCUGGUCUCCUUGGAGCAGUACAUGGUACCUCGCUCUCAGCCGGUGCAGGCUCCUGCUGCACACCCUCCUCAACCUUCUUCGUUCCAUGAUCCAGCAACCCCGCUCGCCACGAACGCCAGGCAAGAAGCUAAGAAAGAUACACACGGGCCGGUUGAAGACAUCAAGUUGACUUGCAACACUCCCAAGUUACGGACUAAGCCUGCUGUCACUGUGAAGCUCCGAACUUCUGCAGAAGCUGAAUCUCAGUCAAAACCGCCUUCUGAAGAGGUGAUCCCGGACGAAGAGCAGACAAGCAAGACCUCUCCUCCCCUUGACCCUGAGAACAGCCCAAGCAAAGGCGGCAGCAAAGCCAUUGUCGUCAAUUUGCCGGCCACGCCGCAGAAGCCUAAGGAAGCUGACACGAACACGCAAACACCUAGGAGGGCCACCACACCUCAGAACGGCGGAGGAAUUGUGACACCAACCAAGCAUAUUUCUCCUGCAGCACCUGGUGCCACCGACCACGAGGAAUCGUCCUCAGAUGGACAGAGGGAGUCCCAAACGGCUGUCAAAACUGUUCCUGAGGCCACGAUCCUGAUCAAGAAGAGCAACCCGGUUUCUGUGGCUUCUGUGGCUCCUGCGGUUCCCAGAGUUCCUGUAGUUCCUGCGGUCCCUCUUGUUCCUGCGGUUCCUGCAGCUCCUGCGGUUCCUGCAGUUCCUGCGCAGCCCCAAGCAGAGCGCACGUCUCAUGACAGAGGGAAAUACAGAAAGAUCUUCUCGGAGAAGAAUGAUCUCAAUGUCGAGGUUUGUAAUGCGCCAGAAACCAAGAUUGGCAAACGGUGCGAUCAAUCGCCUAUCGUUGGCUUCAGCCCGAAAGAGCACUCUUCCGAACAAGAGGACGACUCCCGCACUCAGGCUGGCCAUGUACUUGACAAUCUGAUUGAUUCGAGCCGAACCCAAGAGGAUGUUCCUACCGUUGCUGCCAGCGAGAUUGCCACGAAGAAAAAGAGCAGUAAGAAGUCCAAGAAGAAGAAGAAGCCUACCUCUAUGAACCAGGGCGAAUCGAGCAGUGCACAGCAACCUGCCAAAGACACACCCAUACUCGUUACAGAGGAGCAAGCCCCUGAAGUCUCGAUGACAAUCACCACUGAGAUGGUGGAGGAUACUGAGCCUGAAGUUCUCAGGGAGGUCAUUGCAAAGGCGAAGCAGGUUAUUGGAGUAAAGGAGGUUGAGUCAAUCAGCGCAAAACGACUUGCCAAAAAAGCCACCGCUGGUACUGUCUCACAAACUUUGGCAUCACCUGUCGAUGGAACAGCACAGAGUAAGGAGCCGGGAACAAGCGAGACUGCCGAGGGCAAGGGGAUCCUUCGGCCAGAGGGGUAUGAGCCAAAGGAACCACCUGAGAAGUCAGAACUUUCGGAGUCUAUCAAGAAGACUUUUCGCGCGGAUGGCGGGGGCUCGUUGCGGCUGCCCAAAAACCGCAAGAAGCAGCUGCCUGCUCAGUUAAUCAUCGCCAGCCGGGACUCGUUCGCUUCUGAAAGCGCAGAAGGUACCAGGAGCUUUGAAGCGCCCCAGACCUUCAAUACCGGCGGCCUUCCUUCCGCUGCGAGCACCGCACGUUUCAGCUCCUCAGCCCAGGAGACUGGCUCUCCCGACGGGUCGUCUGGCCGGAUGUCAACCCCCGCAACUCCCCCGUCUGCGACGGGAGUCAGCGACGCACGGAAGACUCUGCCGGAUGAGUCUGCAGCAGGUGCCGAAACGACUCCAAAGUCCAAUACCUCGCUCAAUCCUCAGGCAAAGGUGUUUGUCUCACCGACCACGUCCUCGACUGCGGCUGCCCCAAAGAAGAUUGAUCUUGCGCCGGUUCCGUUGAGGCCCACCAAACAUGAUCGCAGCGUGUCCCAGACUUCGUCCAAGACGUCGCGCACCCUCACGAUUGGUACCCCAUCUACCAAGGAGGAAGACAGCCAGUCUGAUGGGAGCGCCGCCGAAACCUCCAAAGGCAAGGAGAAGAGCUCUGCAUCUCAGCAGACCCCGGUCAAGAACGUCGCGGAGAAGAACAAGGGCCGUUCUCUUGCCAGCGACAAGAUGCCUGCCACGCAAAUGACGCUGGAGGAAGACAACGACGACUGGCAAGUGCAGGGUCCCAAGAGGGACUUCGGCAUCAAGCAGCUCAAGGGCAACAAUGACCAUCAGCAACAGCAGGGCAAGCAGAGCCCCAAGAAGAACCGCCCUUCGCCUAAGAAGCAGAAGAUCCAAGAAGACAGUCACCUCCAACAGCAGCGCUACGCUUCUAGCUCCAAUACCAACCCGGUUCCCGUUGGCAGCAAGACCGAGUUUCCCACGCUGCCGCCUGCCCCCAAGCCUGUGUCGGGCCUGCCAGCAAGCAGCGUCUGGGGCAAGGCGCGUUCGGCAUCGGCUGCCACCACUGUUUCUACUCCGAGUGGGAGCGUCAAGACUUCGGCAAACCCGAGUCCCAAGAAGGACAGCGGUAAGCAGUAG